AUGACCCAAGUAGACUUCUCCUGCUUCUGCGCGCUUUCAUGUUUGUAUGUUGAUCGAUUGCGCAAACUGAUCUUCAAGAACAACAACAACAACAACAACAGCAGAAUGUCUGGACAUCAUCGAGGUGCUGAUCAUCCUAAUCUUCAAGAAAACCUCGAAGCUCAUAUUGAAAAACUGGAAAUGAAAUAUAAAUUAUUGAGUGUCAAAAGGGACUGGCGUUUGUAUUAUGAAAUUGCUGUCCGAGUGAAUCUCCCAUCAAAUUUCAUAUUGCCUGAAAUGGAGAAGUUUGAUGGAACUGGGGACCCCUUUAUACAUUUAGAAAUGUUUAAGCAUACAAUGGACAUUUAUCAGCUCGGGGAGGAUGUAAUGAUCACUCUAUUCCCAAUUUAUUUGACAAAGUCGGCCCUGGCUUGGUUUUAUCAUCCCAAUGUUCAAACAUUUACCACUUUUCAGUCAAUUGCCGACUCUUUCUCUAAGCGAUACAGUUUCAAUACGGUUGAUGAUAUCAUCAACCUCCGUCUGCUGAAAAACACGAAACAGGAGAGCAACGAAACGUUUUCUGAGUAUGCUGUUAGGUGGAAGAAGCAAAUGUUGUUGUUGGUGAUUGACAUGCCUGAUGAGAAGAAAUUGAUAAGUAUGUUCUUCAAGAGCUUGCAGAAGAAGUAUAGGCUUACGGAUUUCGUUCUAUAUGAGAGUUUUGAACUGCUGAUCGAAGCUGGUAUGAAUUUGGAGCGUCUUUCGAUAGAAAAGGAAGAAGAAGAAGAAGUAGAAGUAGAAAACGUCAAGCACUGCGAAGAAGAGGAGCGUCUUUCGAUAGAAAAGGAAGAAGAAGAAGAAGAAGUAGAAAACGUCAAACACUGCGAAGAAGAGGAGCGUCUUUCGAUAGAAAAGGAAGAAGAAGAAGAAGAACUAGAAAACGUCAAACACUGCGAAAAAGAGGAGCCAGGUAACGUCAAUGGUGAGUUCUGGUGGAACUAUGAUGAAAAAAAAGAAGAGACAGGUAACGUUGAGUGGGGGUGCUACUAUUAUGAAAAAGAUUAA